AUGGACUCUCGUUCAGGCACUGGCUCUUUGUCAGGCAACAAUGUUCCAACCUCUCCCGAGUCGCUGGAGGGUCGGACGAGUACUGAUCAAUCAGUUCCGUCUGGUUCUGAACAGUAUGGAGACGGAUCACCAAUGGAAGGCAAAGGACCAGGCUUUCCCAACAUGAACUUUCUACGUACUUUUGCGAACCCUAUGCAGAAGAAGGUUACAAGAGAUGGCCAACCGGCCAAACGACGAGGUCCAAAACCAGACAGUAAACCCGCACAGACGCGCAGGCAAGAGCUCAAUCGACAAGCGCAAAGGCACGAUCGCCACCAAUGA